AUGGCAGUCAUCCCAGCCAAUGUCUGCGUGAGGCAGAAUGGGGUCUCCCAGGCAGCCACCAGAGACAGCAGACUGUCCCAGGAGACCUCCUUGGCCCUUCAGAAAGAAGAGAAAUGCAGUAAAAGGAAGACUGUUGAGCCUCUGCCCAGUGAAGGCAAGAGGGAGAAAGAGAGGCCACAGCAGGAGACACAUAUUACCCUGCACCUGAAACCCAUCUCAUCAGUGCACAUCCAUCAGAAGUCUGUUGUGUUCUUGCUCAACUCCCCUCAGCCCUUGGUCUGGAAGUUAAAGACAGAAAGGCUUGCUCCUGGUGUUCCCAGACUUUUCUUUGUGUCAGAAGGUUCGGUGGUCCAGUUUCCAGAAGGAAACUUCUCCCUAUCAACAAAAACAGAGGAAAGGAGCUUUCCCCAUGGAAAUGUUCAUUUGUUGCACUGGGCCCAGAAUGAAUACGGAGCAGUCACUUCUUUCACCGAACUCAAGAUAUCAAGGAAUGUUUACAUCAAAGUGGGUGAAGAUCAAGUUUUCCCUCCCACCUGUAACAUUGAGAAGAAUUUUCUGUCCCUCAAUUAUCUCGCGGAGUAUCUUCAGCCAAAGAUGGCGGAGGGCUGUAUCAUGUCCAGCUUGCCUCAUGGCCAGGAAGUACACAUCAUAGAAUUAAUCACACCAAACUCAAAUCCCUACAGUGCUUUCCAGGUGGACAUCGUCAUUGACAUCAGACCAUUUCGAAAGGACCCUGAAGUGGUCAAACAUCUUGUCUUGAUCUUGAAGUGCAAGAAGGCCGUUAAUUGGGUGGUCAAAUCCUAUGAUGUCAAGGGAAGCCUUAAAGUGAUUAUUAUAAUGCAGGUAUCAGCCCCCGGGGAUAGCAGUGGCUGGCCAACUGAUUACGAAGACUUGGAGUCGGGCAAUAAUGGUUUUCCAGGAGAUACAGAUGAAGGCGAUGGCUUCUUCAUAAGCCGGCCUGAAAUUGUGGUGUUUAAUUGCAGCCUGAAGCAGACAAGUAUUCGAGAUGCGUCCCAUCAGCCCCAGGUCCAGAACAUCACUUUCAACAUGGAGCUGUAUGACACAGAUCUCUUCAUGGUGCCCAUCCCGGGCAUCCUAGAAGUGGUAGAAAAUGGGCAUAUUUAUGUUGAGGUUUCUGUUACCAAGGCAGACCAAGACGUGGGAUUUGCCAUCCAAACGUGCUUUAUCUCUCCAUACUCCAAUUCUGACAGGAUGUCUGAUUACACGAUCAUAGAGAACAUUUGUCCUAAAGAUGAAUCCGUGAGAUUCUAUUCACCCCAGAAGACACAUUUCUCUCGACUUCAUGCACAGAUGGACAAAAAGAGAUUUAGCUUCAUGCUCAAACCCAUUUUUAACACUUCACUGCUCUUCUUACAAUGCGAACUCACCUUGUGCACAAAGAAGGAAGUAGAAAACCACAGACUGCCAAAGUGCAUCCCUCCUGAUGAAGCCUGUACCUCUUUGGAUGCGACCAUGAUCUGGGCCAUGAUGCAGAAUAAAAAAACAUUCACCAAACCCCUGGUGGUAGUCCAUGGAGAUGAAACUAAAGCAAAUCCAACCAUUACCAAUCCAGGCGAGACUUCACCACCAAUUUUACUUGGCCUGGACACGCUCACCGUCAUGGGCAUCGCCUUUGCAGCUUUCGUGAUCGGGGCACUCCUGACGGGUGCUUUGUGGUACAUCUACUCUCACACUGGAGAGACGGCAGGAAGACAGCAAGUGCCUACCUCCCCUCCGGCCUCUGAAAACAGCAGCGCUGCCCACAGCAUCGGUAGCACCCAGAGCACUCCCUGCUCCAGCAGCACAACCUAA